CCAGACCACCCAAUUCCGUGCACGUGUUUUCCAGCAAUGAUCCGCCCUGGCCGAGGGUCCAAGCGCCCCCCCAAGACGGCUUUGAAGGCGCCCGAGGCGAGCCAUCUCGGCUGGCUUUGGCGCUGAGGUCGAAGAAGCGGAAACUCACUGAGGAGGAGAUGAAAGAGAGAGAGGCGCGGACGCUCUUCGUGGGCAACGUGCCCUUGGAGUGGACCGAGAAAAAGCUGCGGUCAACGAUCCGACAAGCCCUCGGCAAAAGCUACGAGGGCUCCUUGAAGCAGCAUGGCAGCAGGGCUACAAGGGAGAAAAACCGAGCGAGGCUGCCGCGGAAGGCGGCCAUGCUCGCCCAUUAGGUUUCGAUCCAUUCCUCUGGAAGAAAAGUGGAGUAAAUCGAGCCAGAUGCGCAAGGCAGGGCGCAUACUUGGGAAGUAUGCCCAUGGCAUGGAUUUCAAGAACGCUUAUGUGGUCUUGGAUGCUCCCCAGAGCGUGCCUGUGGUCGCCAAGGCAGUCAACAACCUUGAGGCAGACUCCGAGCACAUUCUCAGAGCUGAUGGUGUGGGCGAAUCCGCUGCGUUGAAGAAGUUCGACAGGAAGCGGAGUGUCUUUCUGGGUGGCCUGCCGAAACGAGUCACCGAGUCCGAUCUCCGGUGGGUCCUCUACGAUGCCGGGGAGGUGGACGCAGUGCGCAUCGUCCGGGACAAAGUGAGCCAGGAUUGCAAGGGCUUUGCCUUCGCACGCUUCCAAGAUCGGAAGAGCGUGAAGGUUGCUCUGAAUCUGUGGGGCCUCAAGAUCCACGGCAAGGAGAUCAGAAUCAUGAAGGUGGAGGAUCAGGGCGAGACGGCCGAGAAACCAUCCGUCGGUUCCGGAGAAGCCUGGAGUCGACCGGAGGACCCGAAGAACUCGAAGGAUCCCAAACGGAUGAUGCAGAAGCAGCAGCGACGACAACGAGCGAAGGCCAAGAAGCAACGAGACUUCGUGCAGAACGCCAAAGCUGCGGGGCUGAGGACGAGCAAAAAGAAGACCCCAAUGAAGAAGGGCAAGAGAAAGGUGAAGAAGCAGAGUAAGGGCUGACAAGCCAGUGCGAGCGCGCUGCUACGCACCAGGAGAUUGCUUUGUGAACAGAACAUGUGCUUCACAGGCUGCAGCGAUCGCCAGAGCCCGGCGUUGGACCAUCUUGCCAGAGCCCACCGGCACGCACAGAGCCAUGUCCUCCUUUGUUCGACGGAAAAAGCCCAAGGGGCGCACUCUCAGAAGCAAACAAAAUCAGGAAGUCGCGCUUUGAUUUGAACGGGCUGAAAAAGGGUGCUUGUUGCUGGCGCAUGCCCAGAAAGUCUGAGGGCUCAUCAACAUGAAAUGGUCCUCCCUUUGAUCUCGGCAUGUGUUCCACCAUGCUCUGGAGAUGUGGGGACAUGUGUCCCCCCUGGCAAGACAUCAUGAAAUCAUAUAAAAUCGUAUCCUGCCACAUGUCGCUUGCUUCUUCCCCGCAACAGCUGGGCUUUAGUGACU